GCAUUCUAAAUCUACAUUUUGAUUCAGCCGCCAUAUUGAAACUUCCCAUACCAACCCGGAUAUUUAGUGUUGGAUCUGAAAUACAGAUUUAAGAUAUAUGGUAGUCAUUAUCUUAAAACUGUAUUUCGGAGACCAUGGUAGUGAAACUCAAAUGUUAAAGUUUAUGAUUAGAACUCCUAUGAUCAACUGUUAACGUGUUAACGAGACGUCGACCUCUUGUCCUAGGGGAGUAACUUUCAGAAUAGAAGAAUAUGUCUCUGACAACUAUGGAAACCAUGGAAACGUCUGACGCUCAUGAUGACGACAACAACAUGGACGAAGAUAACCUCAUUACACCUUUGUGGCGUUUCAAUAUUUUCCUAGACAAAAUCGGCCAGGAUCUAAGUGAGGAAGAAAUCACCAGAAUGAAAUCUUUCUGCAGGGAGGGAGCACUCGGAAGAUCUGCGUUAAACAAAGCUAAAACAGCUACGUCGUUUUUCCAGUUACUAAGAGAUAUGGAGUUUCUGAACAGUAACAAUCUUCUGCAACUACAAGCCAUGCUAUGGCAUAUUGGCAGGAAAGAUCUUCACCAAUCAAUGGUUGCUUUCGCACAGAAGUGCCGAAAAGAGCCAUUAUACUUUUUUACACCAAAAGAAAUACCAGCGAAUGGAUUUAGGCAUGUGAAAUUCCACGUUGGAGGCUCAUACGUCAACAGACAAGUGAUGGAAAAUCUACGAGGAUAUGUAGCAUCUUUGAUGUGUGUUAAACACACAGAUGUCUUCCUCGUCGGCCACAGCCCGUCCAACAGCAGUGUGCUUACAUUCAUGGUUCCUGAAACGGCUGUCGAUGUUUUUCAUUCCCUAACAUCCGAAGAUAAGGAAAUCUUUACAUCAAUGAAGGUCGAUUGCAUUAUCUUAGACGAUGACGAAAUACCUAUAGUCGGAGGACAGGUGCAGAAGUCAACCACAACGCCCGAAAUGAAAGUCGCACUUAUCUUAAGAGAGAGAAACAAGAUCAAGUCACAGUUGGAUAAAGUACAAUCUUGUCUGGUAGAACGUACUGAAGAACUUCGAGAGGCAAAGAGAAAAGAAGAAUGUAUGCGAACAUGCAAAGACCAAGCUAUAGUCGCCUGCUUGACACUUCUGUACAAUCAUCGCCCAGUUACCCGUCUUAUCGAUUCAUUGGUGAGCAAGAGUGCAAUGGUCUACUUCAAACACUGUCUUCAGCAGUUCCAGGCUAAGUUUCCAGAGGAGAUGGACACCAUUGAGAUACUGUUGGAAGCUAAAGAGCUAGUCGCGUGCAAGACCGAAAGAGAAAUAUGGCAGAAGCGUGAACAAAACCUGCAACUUGUGAUUGCGUUGGAAAAGAAUAUGCAUGAAAUGCAGGAAACUGUGAUGACGGCAAAUAUGCAGGGAAUGCAUCACAACUCACGUCUGCUGUUGGGUGGGGCUGUUGUGCAGCGUAUGACAGGAUUUAUAGAAGUCGGCGUCAAUGUCCAAACACAUUUGAUUGUAAUGAAAGCAAUGGAAGACCUGUCAAAGAUGAUCAGCAAAAAACAACGGAAUAUUAUCUUGCAGCACUUCAGGAUCAAAGACUCCGAGAAGCAAUUUUUCCUGACACCUUUGGAGAGUUUUUUCUUUAAACUAUUUGAAAUGCAGCCACGUAGGGAUACCCCAUUGGAUUUUGUGCGUGAGACGAUACGCCUGCUGAAUAACAAAAAGCUGGAAAUAAAGGUACUUGAUAUCAUCCGGAGGGUCCAAAAAGCAGGUUAUCAACACCAAUUAGCAGUUCAACAGGAGCUCACGAUAACACCGCAAGUCAGAUUCCACGAGGGGCUACAAAGACGCCAUGUGGAACCAGAUGCUUUAAGACGUCUACACAAUAAUCCGGAGAAGCCAAAAGAAUGCUUAAGUGUUUUACAGGAUUUAGCUAACGUCGUCCAGUUGUAACCUGUUCGUUAAUUCUGAUGAACAAAGUCGAGACAAACAGUUUGCAUGUAGAACUUAAGUGGUUCAACUCGACGAGUUGAUUUUAAAAUUAUGAUUUACUUUUUUAAUUCCUAUAAAUUUGGUUUUAAUUCCGUUAUAUUUGCACAUUUCAAUUAGCAAUAUUUGACAACAAUUAAAAGACAAAAACCGUGUGUCAUUUCGAUCGAUCGGUUUAGUUCCCUGGCAAGUUAUAUUAACAUAACAGGUCACUUAAAAACGACUCUGAAACAAUAUAAUAUGUUACUUUCUGCAUGCGUUUACUCCAUAGUAAAUUCUUAUGGAUUCAACAUUGAAAAGCACUACAACACUAAUGUAUUCCUAACAGGGGAAAAUACUACUUUAUAAUGCGAUAGUGCGUCUAUUUCAGUGACUGAGCAUCGAUUACAUCAAUGUUUAAAAGUGAAUGCAACUGAUGCGAAACAUUUUAACAGAAACUAUAUAACGGGAUGGUACUAGGAAACUGGAACGCUCAAGGUAAACGAAUUUUACCGUGUAUGUAAUAGCAUGCCAUUAUAGUAUGUGAAACAAUAAUAUAUGACAUUUACGGUCAUUGAAACAUUACAAAACGACAUCAUCGUCUCUACAGUAACGUCUUGCGAUUCAUUAUGGGUUGAUUUUUCCUCAAUAUUAUUGCAUCUACAAGUGUUGCAGAUUAUCUACCAUCAAAUUAUUUCAAAGAAUAUAAAAUAUCGUAUUUACCCUUUCACCACCGAAAACCAUGAUGGACUCAUCCUAAUGAAUGCAUGGUAUAGUCUACUAAAAUUACCUAGGGGUGAUAGGGUAAACAAACAAAUUGCUUUGUUCUCAAUAUAAUUAUAGUUACAAAUAUUGACGAUUUAUAUGCUUCAAAAUGUACCCAUUUUAAAAUGCCUUCUAUUAAAGUUUUAAUGAACACACACAGUAUAUAUAUCGAAGUUUCAGCAUCUCAAAGAUCAUUACUACCCAGGUCUUUUCAGGGGCAGCGAAAUUGUUUACAAUCGCGAUCUUUAUUAUUUCGCCUGCAGCACAGAAAGAAAUUAUUUUUAGCAAUACCAAUAAAGAGAAAUACAGUAUGACAGGGGCGAAAGAGAAGCAUCAAUCUUAUUCAAGUUUUGGAAUUUGGCAAUAGGUGUAAAAUGUGAUAUGGGAGAGUCUGUUUGACCAGGGACUUAUCAUACAUGAUUUUAUAUAUACGUCUCUGGUUUGUUGGUCGAGUAUCAAUAUCAUCCAAGUUUUGGAUAUUUGCGAUAGAUGUAGAAUGCUAUAUGGGAGAGUCUAUGAUAGUCCAGGGACUUAUGAUACGUUCUUUAAUAUAUCUCUGGUUUGUCGGUGAAGUAUCAGUAUCAUCCAAAUUUUGGAGAUUUUUUUGAAAUGUGUAGAAUGUGAUAUGGGAGAGUCUAUGAUUGUCCAGGGACUAAUAAUACAUGAUUUUAUGCGUCUCUGGUUUGCUAGUGAAUUAUAGAUAUGAUCAAAAUUCUAGAGAUUUUUUCAACAGGUGUAGAAUGUGAUAUGGAAGAGUCUAUGAUAGUCCAGGGACUUAUAAUGCAUGAGUGUAUACGUCUCUGCUUUGUAAGUUGAGUAUCAAUAUGGUCCAAGUUUGGGGAUUUGCGAUAGGUGUAUAAUGUGAUACGGGAUGAUUGUUCAUGGUUUUAUCAUACAUGAUUGUAUACGUCUCUGGUUUGUCGGUGCAAUUGUUACUAUAAUAUUGUACCCGAAACAUUGCAAUGAGAUAAUGUUUUACAGCAUACAUUGGCUUGGUGGUAUCAAUUUACAAUACCGAAACAUUGAGUUUUUACAUAGAUGCUCUGGUAUCAAUUUACAAUACCAUUAUAGAAUACAAUAAUUUUAACCAAUAGACGACUUAGAUCUUAUUCUAUCUUAUUUCAUUUAACAGCAGGAGGCUUUUUCACAAAGGUUGGCGAUGUUGUUCAAUCAUAACACUUUCAAUUAAAGUUUGUAAGUAAA